GUUAAAGCGACAUGUCAAGCAAGAGGUGAUCCACACUACUCGACAUUUGAUGGAACACGUUAUGACUUUAUGGGAAGAUGUGAAUAUGUUCUGGCUAAAGACAGUGUAAAUAACAAAUUUGAAAUAAGACAAGUGAAUGAAGCUUGUGAAAAUGGAAAAUUUUCUUGCACAAAAUCACUAACAGUGAUUUUCCCAACUGUAACUAUCCAACUACUGCGGGGAAGUGUGGUGGUAGGUGGCGCAGAAGUUGAUUUGCCUGUAUCUUAUGGAGGUAAAUUAUUUUAAAUUAAACUUCAUCACAGAUGUUUGCUUUAAGAUUUGAUGUAACAAUUAUAAAUUUCAACCUAGGUACAUCUAGCCAAUUCAACAGCAUAUCCUUUUAUUUCUAAGAGCUUUUAUUUUAAAAAGGAAUUUAAUGAUAAUGUGUCUCACUAAUGGUCCUACCCUAGUCACAACAGAAUAAUAUAUUAUCACAGUUGUUUCUCUUAUUUGUGCUAAUCCACAUGAUUACACAAGAAACUAAGUAUAUUCAUGUAUUCUGCUGUUAAAUAGUUGGGAGUUUCGACAUAGAAUAUAUUAACAUAUUCAAAAAAGCUCUCUUUUCCAUGCUGCUGUAAAAUGUUUUUACAUUUGUUCAGUUUCCGCCUGAUAGUUAAUCUUAUUCCUUUUCUGUUUAUAAAGGUGUCGAUAUUACGCGCUCGGGAGUUCGAGUAACAUUAGUAGAUAGCGAUUACGGUGUAAAAGUUGAGUGGAAUAAUGUACAUAAUGUGAGGGUGACAGUAUAUGGACGCUAUAUAGACAAAACAUCAGGUUUAUGUGGCACUUUUAAUCGAAAUCCUGAGGAUGAUUUCUUGACAGCAUAUGGAGCAACUGUAGGCAAUGCAGUAGACUUUGGAAAUUCGUGGAAAACUGAUUCUUGCUGUGACAAUGCAACAGAUGUACCACAUCCAUGUGAAACUUACCCUGGCAAAAACGCGACUGCCACAGCCAACUGUUCAGCUUUGUUAUCGCCCCCAUUCAAUGUUUGUGCAAGGCAGGUUGAUCCAGUCCUACAGGGUUAUGUUGAUGAUUGUGAAUAUGAUGUAUGUGGCUGUGGCGAUGAUCCCACAGUUUGUCUAUGUCAAGCAAUAGAGGCCUAUGUCGCUGCUUGUGCUUCGUAUGGUGUGAGCAUUGACUGGUUGAGUGAUGAUCGAUAUCAACAAUGCAGUACGUCACAGCUUUAUGAGUAUACCUUUGUAAAUUAAAUUAAAUUAAAUUAUAUUUAACAAAUAUAAAACAUUUUCCGUGUUGAUAUACAGUUAUAUCAACACGAUUGGAAAUUGAGGAAACGAGAAAUUAUGUGGAAACAGUGUUUUCACACAAUUUCGAGUUUUCCCAAUUUGCACGAGUGUUGAUAUAACUGUAUAUCAAUACGGAAAAAUGUUUUAUAUUUGUUUUAUAAUAUAGCACAAAGAAACAUAAAGAAUGAAAUUUUCCGACGUCUCCGUGUUGACAUUGAGUUAUAUCAACAAUGCUCUUAGCCAAUCGGCAUUCAGAAUUUACGAAUGCUAUAUUAUAAUAUACCAUAUAAAAUAAUGAUAAGAUUCAUAGUUUGAAUAGUUUGGACAUGCAACAGUUUAUACACCCUAAUUAAAACAAUCCACUCAUAGGAAAGAACCAAUGGACCAUUUGCAUUAUAGACUAAAUUUUGAUCUAGACAAGUCUAGACAAAAAUUUCAUCACAGCUUGAAAGAGCAUCACAAAAUUAGUAAUAUUCCAACGUUUCGUUGCGAAAUGUUGUAAAAUGCGGAUAAUAUAGCAGUUUGGGGUCUGCUAUUAUCUUUACCACUAAAAUUAUUUUGAAAAGUAAAGUUUCGAGUACAGGGUUUUCAAAAACCUCUUUUAAAAUGGCUUGCGCACAAAAAUGGAAGGCCUUUAAAACGCAAUUUGAAUUCAUAUAGGGUGCAAAUGUAGAAGGUGUUUUAUAAACUAUCAAAAUAUUAGACAAUUUUAGGUACAUUAGGUCCAACGUACGAACGACCUUUAAACCUUGUAUAAUUUUUUAACUUUUUGUAUAAAGAGUAUAUGUAAGAAAUCACUCAUCCAUAAAAUCAGUCAUGCGAAAGGUUACUAUGGGAGAAAGUCUUGUGCCAGUUUAGCUAAUAAUAGAGAGUUUGAGCAAGAGAACGAAGUCAGACGACGACGACGUGGUUGACAAUUUUUGCCUGUCUUGCACAUUAUCUUGCGCAUUCUGAGUGUAGGGUCAGGAGUGAAGACAGAUUAGUGAUUCAUGUCUAGCUGUUUGUGAAUGCUGACUCAAAUCCUUACCCUGAUCAGGAUAAAACAGCGAGACAUGAAUCCAUAUCCCGUCUUCGUUCUUCUGCCUUCGUUCACAAUGAAUAGUUUGGCAAAAUUGGUUGUGAACUUCGUUCUGCACGAAGGCAGAAGGACAAAGACGGGAUAUAGUUUCAUGUCUCGCUGUUUUUUUCUGGAUCAGGGCAAGAAUUAGGGUCAGUAUUCAUAAACAGCGACACAUGGGAGGACAGGUUGUGCAACCACCAGUGACGUCCAACUCAGUAUGAGCAAGGUAAUGCGCACACGGCAAAAUUUGUCAAGUAUGUCUUCGUCUUCGUACUCCGUUGUCUUGCUCAAACUCUCUAAUAACAAAACUUCGACUGCUUUGGAGGCCGUGCAUGCAUGCAUAAGACUUAAUAUACACCAAAUUGCUUGGCACUUUUAUAGUUCAUAAAACGCCUAAAUUUCCAUCCUAUGAAUUAAACUUGCGUUUUAAACAUUCAGUCUAUUUUUGUGCAAGUCAUUUUUAUAAUUAGUUUUUAAAAACAGCCCACCUGCAUGCACUUGAAAAUUUGCUUUUUAAAAUAAUUUGCCCAAACAUUUCAGAGUCCCCUCUAGUUAACAUGAAUUUUAACAAUUUUAAUUCUCAUCUAUUUUAGAUUCUUCAUGUGCGAGUGCUCCAUGCUGCAAUGGUGGGACUUGUUCAAAUAAUGGAUUAUCAUUCCUUUGCUCAUGCCCGCCUGGAUAUGCCGGUGACCGCUGCGAAACGGAAGGUAAA